UCAUGAUGGAGGAUCACCAGCCACCAAGUAAAAGACAUGACUAAAUACACACAUCCUCUCACUAGUUAUAUGUAAGAAAUUAAUUGUCACCGUAUGUUUUGCCUACAGUUAAAGAAGAGAGAAGAACUCCCAGUCCAAAUCCUCUACAAGAUGAGAGAUGUCCCAGUCCUCUUCCUCUACAAAAUGAGAUAUGUCCCAGUCCUCUUCUACUACAGGAUGGUUCAGAAGAACAUAAAAGCAUUCCAUAUGAUGAUCAGAUAGAUGGAAAUAAGCUUUUAAAUCUGGGUAAAGAUCUGACCAAUAUUAAGGCUGAAGAUACAUAUGUGAGGGGUGAUGGGCAGAUCAUAGAGGACAUUCCCACCGAUAACCACCCAGAUGACUGUACCAGGACCUCAAAGAAACAUGUGAUGUCAGAUUUUAGAACAGAUGAUUGUGGUGUCACAGAAGAUACACAUGAAGAGCAUGCCAUUAUCUCAGAUGUACCCGCAGUCUUUCACAGCAAAGAUCUUUCAUCUGAUCCUUUGGAUGAAUUUCAAUCUUUUGAUUUAUCACAGACUGUUAAACAAAAUAAAAGCCACAGAAAAAGUGUUCAUCAUCAAAGAAUUCAUACAGGGGAGAAUGCUCUUUCAUGCUCAGAAUGUGCGAAAUGUAAAUCAGAUCUUGUUAUACAUGAGAGAACUCACACAGGGGAGAAGCCAUUUUCAUGUUCAGAAUGUGAAAAACAUUUUAACCAUAAAUCAAAUCUUGUUAACCAUCAGAGAAUUCACACAGGGGAAAAGUCAUUUUUUUGUUUAGAAUGUGGGAAAUGUUUUACUAGUAAAUCAAGUCUUGUUAUACAUGAGAGAAAUCACACAGGGGAGAAGCCAUUUUCUUGUUUAGAAUGUGGGAAAUCUUUCAUAAAUAAAUCAAGUCUAGUUUCACAUCAGAUAAUUCACACAGGGGAGAAACCAUUUUCUUGUUUAGAAUGUGGGAAAUAUUUUACUGAUACAUCAACUCUUGUUAUACAUGAGAGAAGUCACACAGGGGAAAAGCCAUUUUCUUGUUUAGAAUGUGGGAAAUGUUUUACUAGUAAAUCAAGUCUUGUUAUACAUGAGAGAAAUCACACAGGGGAGAAGCCAUUUUGUUGUUCAGAAUGUGGGAAAUCUUUCACAAAUAAACCAAGUCUAGUUGCACAUCAGAGACGUCACACAGGGGAGAAGCCAUUUUCUUGUUUAGAAUGUGAGAAAUCUUUCAUAACUAAAUCAUAUCUUGUGAUACAUGAGAGAAGUCACACAGGGGAGAAGCCAUUUUCUUGUUUAGAAUGUGGGAAAUCUUUCAUAAAUAAAUCAAUUCUAGUUUCACAUCAGAGAAUUCACACAGGGGAGAAGCCAUUUUCUUGUUUAGAAUGUGGGAAAUGUUUUAGUCAGAAAUCAAAUCUUGUUAUACAUGAGAGAAGUCACACAGGGGCAAAGCCAUUUUCUUGUUUAGAAUGUGGGAAAUCUUUCAUAAAUAAAUCAAUUCUAGUUUCACAUCAGAGAAUUCACACAGGGGAGAAGCCAUUUUCUUGUUUAGAAUGUGGGAAAUGUUUUAGUCAGAAAUCAAAUCUUGUUAUACAUGAGAGAAGUCACACAGGGGCAAAGCCUUUUUCUUGUUCAGAAUGUGGGAAAUCUUUCGCAAAUAAAGGAAUUCUAGUUGCACAUCAGAGACUUCACACAGGGGAGAAGCCAUUUUCUUGUUUAGAAUGUGAGAAAUCUUUCAUAACUAAAUCAAAUCUUGUGAUACAUGAGAGAAGUCACACAGGGGAGAAGCCAUUUUCUUGUUUAGAAUGUGGGAAAUCUUUCACAAUUAAAUCAAGUCUAGUUGCACAUCAGAGAAUUCACACAGCGGAGAAGCCAUUUUCUUGUUUACAAUGUGGGAAAUCUUUCAUAAAUAAAUCAAUUCUAGUUUCACAUCAGAGAAUUCACACAGGGGAGAAGCCAUUUUCUUGUUUAGAAUGUGGGAAAUGUUUUAGUCAGAAAUCAAAUCUUGUUAUACAUGAGAGAAGUCACACAGGGGCAAAGCCUUUUUCUUGUUCAGAAUGUGGGAAAUCUUUCGCAAAUAAAGGAAUUCUAGUUGCACAUCAGAGACUUCACACAGGGGAGAAGCCAUUUUCUUGUUUAGAAUGUGAGAAAUCUUUCAUAACUAAAUCAAAUCUUGUGAUACAUGAGAGAAGUCACACAGGGGAGAAGCCAUUUUCUUGUUUAGAAUGUGGGAAAUCUUUCACAAUUAAAUCAAGUCUAGUUGCACAUCAGAGAAUUCACACAGCGGAGAAGCCAUUUUCUUGUUUACAAUGUGGGAAAUCUUACGCACGGAAAUCAUCUCUUGUUAUACAUGAGAGAAGUCACACAGGGGCAAAGCCAUUUUCUUGUUCAGAAUGUGGUAAAUCUUUCACAAAUAAACCAGGUCUAGUUGCACAUCAGAGACUUCACACAGGGGAGAAGCCAUUUUCUUGUUUAGAAUGUAAGAAAUCUUUCAUAACUAAAUCAAAUCUUGUGAUACAUGAAAGAAGUCACACAGGGGAGAAGCCAUUUUCUUGUUUAGAAUGUGGGAAAUCUUUCACAAUUAAAUCAAGUCUAGUUGCACAUCAGAGAAUUCACACAGCGGAGAAGCCAUUUUCUUGUUUACAAUGUGGGAAAUCUUACACACGUAAAUCAACUCUUGUUAUACAUGAGAUAAGUCACACAAGGGAGAAGCCAUUUUCUUGUUUACAGUGUGGGAAAUCUUACACGCAUAAAUCAUGUCUUGUUAUACACGAGAGAAGUCACAGAGAAGAGAAGCCAUUUUCUUGUUUAGAAUGUGGGAAAUCUUACAUACAGAAAUCAACUCUUGUUAUACAUGAGAGAAGUCACACAGGGGAGAGGCCAUUUUCUUGUUUACAAUGUGGUAAAUCUUACACAAAGAAAUCAUGUCUUGUUAUACAUGAGAGAAAUCACACAGGGGAGAAGCCAUUUUCUUGUUUAGAAUGUGGGAAAUCUUUCAAAAUUAAAUCAAUUCUAGUUGCACAUCAGAGAAUUCACACAGGGGAGAAGCCAUUUUCUUGUUUAGAAUGUGGGAAAUCUUUCAUGCAUAAAUCAAAUCUAGUUUCACAUCAGAUAAUUCACACAGGGGAGAAGCCAUUUUCUUGUUUACAAUGUGGGAAAUCUUACACACAUAAAUCAACUCUUAUUAUACAUAAGAGAAGUCACACAAGGGAGAAGCCAUUUUAUUGUUUACAGUGUGGGAAAUCUUACAUACAGAAAUCACAUCUUGCCAUACAUGUGAGAAGUCACACAGGGGAGAAGCCAUUUUCUUGUUUAGAAUGUGGGAAAUCUUUCAUACAGAAAUCAAGUCUUAUUACACAUAAGAGAAGUCACACAGGGGAGAAGCCAUUUUUAUGUUUGCAAUGUGGGAAAUAUUAUACAAAUAAAUCAUGUCUUGUUAAACAUCAGAGAAUUCACACUGGAUAGAAGCAAUUUUAAUGUUUAGAAUGUGGUAACUAGAGAUGAGCAAACUUUUGAAAAAUUCAAUUCUGCAGCUCGGUCAAAGUUCAACAAGAAAUUUGAUUUCUUCCAAAUUAAUUUGCUACGAAUCACUAUGUUAAAACCCCAUUCAGCCUAUUAAUCAAUGAGACCAUUUUUAACAGCUCCUUAGACCAAAGUGCACCCAUAUAACGGCCAUUAAAAGUGGUAAUGCGCUAGUACAAUGCAGACUUUUGGGUUAAAAAAUAAAUAAAAAAUCACUUGCCUCAUCCAUUUGUUUGCAUAGGGGCUGUCCGUUCCUCUCUUGAUUGAAAAAGACCUGCUGAAGGACCUGCGCUUAGUGUGAUGACUUCAUCACGUGAUUGUGCUGGGAGAGAACGGUGACAUCAUCAUCCUUCGACAGGUCUUUUUUUAGUCGAGAGGAGCAAGUGCAUUAGGUGAGUACGUUGUUUUAGUUUUUUUUUUAAGACCACUCCAGCCGCCAUUUUAGGAAAAAUGAUUCGUAAAUUGAAAUUUGGCUUUAUUUAAAAUCAAAUUUUUAAUAAAAUUCAUACUGAAUACCACUGGUUCCCUUCACUGAACACUAGUGAUAACCAUAAAGCAGAUCUUGAGUUAGACAUCAGAGAAUCCACACGGGGAGAAAUUAUUUUCAUGUUCUGAAUGUGGAAAAUGACAUAGAAUUCAGUCAAGUCUUAUCACAAAACAGUGAAUUCACACAGGGCCGCUUCAGGAUGUUCAGGAUGUCAUCUGUAAUUGCACAGCAGAGAGCAUACAGAGGAAAAAUGUUUUUCUACCAAGGGAUUUUUUAAAAAUUUGUCAACUUGCGUUACAAAUUGUAGUUUUUAUGGUGCCAUUUUGGGGUACACAUGACCGCCUAAUUUCAUUUUUUUUUUUUAACUGUUUCUGGUAAAAAGAUAUGGAAAAACAUGAAUACUGUUUAUACGCUAUAAAAUUUGCAGCUUUUAUUUUUUGGCUCAAAUGACAUAACUUUAUUCAUUAUUUGAUUAUAGUGAUACCGAAUACAUGUAUUUUUUUUUAAGUUUUCUACUGUUGCACUAUAACAACCUUAUUUUUUUAAAGUAGAAAAUGUUUUUGCAUCGCCAAAUCCCAAGACACACUUUUUUUUUUUUUUUUUUUAUAUGGAUCUGUCUGAAGGCUUGAUUUUUGCAGGAUGACUUGUAGUUUUCAUUGUUUUCCUUUUGGGGUACACAUUGAUUUGAAUGGGCCUGCCAUUCGUAAGAUAUGUCAAAAGAUAGGACAUGUCCUAUAUUUUGUGGAGCAAAGUCAUGGAUUAGAAGCCCAUGUAAACACUCAGAAGCUCGUCCAAGGACUUUGGGGUCUGUGCCUCCACACCGUAAAAGAUUGGAAAUGUCCUAUCUUUUGAUGUAUUUUGCGGAUCUUGGACCCAUUCAAUGGGUCCGAAACGCCAUACGGACUUCACACGGCCGGUAUUCAUGUUUUGCAGACCGCUAUUUGCAGUCUGCAACAGGGGCACGGCAACCAUACGUUUGUGUGAAUGAGCCCUAAAAUCAGGAUCUGAGCUCUAGAGUCCACUAAAUGUAAUACACGCGCUCUCGGGUCCUGAGUAAUUUUAAGUGAAGUACUGCGUGAAAC